GCAAAAUUAAAAUGGCGAAUAAGGAGAACGAUGCCCAAGAAUACGUUAAAAAGCAUUGUAUUAUGGAACUAUUUGAGAACUUAACUGCACAGUUGAUCUAUGAAAGACCAGAGGACCCGAAGGCUUACAUGAAACAAUUCUUGGAGAAAUUAAGAGAUGCAAGAACAAUGCAGAGAAACUACCCUUGCAUAUUUGAUGACAGUAACGUAAGAUCGUUGUUUGGAAUGCUCGAUGUUACAGGAAAAGGCUUUAUUACAUAUGAACAGUACAAACAAGGACUUGAAACAAUGGGUGUGAAAAAGUUUGAUAGAGAUCCUCCUGGUGGUGAUAUGGACAGAAUCAGUGCAGAGACAUUUUUGAAAGAGGCGCGACAAGGACUUGCUCAGGCAUCUGCAACAUUCUCUUUGUAGUGCUAUAUAACUCUCCUUUUGUGGGUUUUUAGUUUGUGUUGUCUGAGAGAUCAACAACCUCUUUGUCCACAUCAGAUUAAAUGUAUAUAUAUUGUGUAAAUACCACCAUCACAUCAUUACUUGAACUAAAGUGAAGAACCCAGUUGUUUUUGCUGUGUGUCUCUUAAGUAAUCAAUUUAGGAACAGAUUUGAAAAAUAAAGAAGUGAG